AUGGGGCGAGUCUCUCACCAGUACGUCAACGAGGUCGACUGUCGUCACAACAUGGCCUGGAAACAAGACAAGCCUUCAUUUAGCGUCCAUAAUCUCCUUGAGAGCAUGAUCUGCUUCAUGAUGAAAGACGGCUCCAGCAGUCCAGCGCUGCGUGAGGCAAGAAGCAACACGAAAAUCGCCUCGACGUGGAGGUCUGUGUAUGCGUGUUCUCUUGAUGCAUUCAACGCCUUACAAGGAUUAAUCGUAAAAGAGUUGGUGGCAGUGAACGCAAACUCGCUAGAGGUGUCCUGGUACAAACCGGAGAAUGUGGAAGGAACUCUUGGGGGCUUCACAAUCUCCACUAGACCCUACGUUCAAGGCUCCGCCAACAAGCCAGAGUGGCGGCAUGUGGCCAACGUAACCGCAGACUCGCGAUCGUACAAGAUCACUGACUUGGAGCCAAACAAGCGCUACGAAGUCACUGUUCGUGGUUAUGUGCUGCCAAACGAGGAGGGACAUGGCGGAGGCUACAGCCAAUAUUCCUAUCCUCGAAUUGCCUCAACGUUGUCUGCUGCUCCAAGUGUUCCCACGAACGUUCAACUUCAAGUCGACAGCUCUGAACAGGUGACAAUUUCAUGGCAGGCUCCAGCCAAACCAAACGGCGACAUCGCCAACUACACAGUUUUCUUGAGGACCAAGGAGGCGAGCCCCUGGGAGACCAAUGUUACAGUUCCUGCCAACACAUUCACGCAUUCCUUCGUUGGACUUAAGCCAUACACGCGCAUCUUCGCAGCCGUUCGGGCUGCUACAGCAGCC